AUGUCUAAUACAGAAGAUUUUAGUGAUUGUGGUUCUGAAUAUCAGCCUAUUCCUGGAGAAAUUCAUACAGAAUCUGAAACAGAUACAAGUUGUGACGAAAAUAUUAUGAUGCCGUCUAGUCUAUCAGAACCUGGAACAUCUAAAUCUAGAAAAAGGCCAAUCAACAAGAAAAAUUGGAAAGUUAUAAAAGAAAGUUAUUGCGUAAUAGUGGAAAAGAAAAUGAAAGGCAAGAAAUGUUCGAAUCAUUUUUGGAAUUUAAAGGACUUUAAUCAGCAAAAUGCCUUUCUAUAUGCAUUAGUGCAAAAAGCAUCUGUUAAUAGAAAACGACCUAAAGAUCUGUCACGAGCAGGAAAAAACGUUUCGUUUAAGUAUUUUCUCAAAUCUCAUAUUAUGACACAACUGCUCGUACAAGACCCGGAUACUAGUAUAACCACCAUAGACCACAAGUUUUUAGUGUCCGGGCAUUCUUAUUUGCCUAAUGAUGGGCAAUUUGGGAUAAUUGAGAGCGCAAGUCGCCGUCAUGGACAAAUUUAUAGCCCGGAUCAAUGGAUUGAGAUCAUAAAAACAGCCAAACGCAAAGAAUCACAUUUUGUUGUAACUGAAAUAAAAAAUUCCGAAUUUAUAAGCACUGCGGCAUUAGAAAAAUCUAUUACCAACAGAAAAAAAACAACCUGUGGUUACGACUUAAACUGGCUGAAUAUUAGAUGGCUGAGGUUUGAGAGGAAUCAUCCUUUACAAUUUCAAUUUAAAGAAACGCUCAACGCUGACAUGCCCUUCUACAAAGUAGAUCUAUCAAAAAAGCAACAAGGACGACCAGCUUACUUGUGCAAUAUUCAACAAGGCCCACUCUAUCCUUCAAGAAGACCAGUUACUAUUGCUAAGAAGAAGGAUAUGCUUGAUCUUCUCCCAUACAUUCCACCAAUUUACCAUCAAUUUUACAAAAACCUUACUGUAGACAUUCCAACACGGUCAAGCACACGUAAUGCUGAUGAACGUUCGUCUGAUGACGAAAUAACCUACGAUUAA